UGCACCAAAGACAAACAAGUGACAAACGUUGCACAAACGAAAUUAGUAACAUCUGAUGGAUGUGGUCUCACUCAUACGUGUUACCAUUUCGGCCAAAAAUGGCGUCCUGUAAAUCUAGUGGCAGCUGGAUAGACACCGUUAGCACUUGCACAUACUGCCCAAAACGUGGAUGACGUGCUCACUGGACGAUAUAGGCUGAUAUGCUGAAUCACAGACAUGUGGUCUGUGGCCGAACGAAGAAAAUGGACGGCUCGUUACUGCAUCUCGAGACAAUGCCGGCCAUUUUUUGUGUUACCCACGAGAAGAAAUGCAGCUGUUGGAUAGCCGGUUAUGGUGGGCUGUUUGUUGACCGCAUUCUUCGGUGUGAGAGUGAACCGUGACACGAAAUCUUUAUUGUCGAUUUCCGAAUAGAAAACUCUCCCUGAUGCAAUAAAAGAAGAAGAAUCAUCUGGGGGAUGUGCACGUGACUCUCGGCAUGUCCGCGAUGGCUGGGCAUUUAUUUUUUCUCCAACUUUUCCCCUCUACUCACAACAGCAGAGGGGGGAAUUUUGUAUAUUUUAGUGGGUUCCAAUGCCUGGGAAUACGAGGAGAAAGGCAAUCGCCGUAUGCAACACAAACAUCACGGGAUAAUCGAAAAGGAAAGGAGAGAUCGUGAUUGAAAAUUCGUGAUAAACAAAAGAAGAUUCCGUAGAUGCCAAAGGCUCAUCCGUUUUCGUUGGGCGGCCAAGGAAAAACAAACCUGUUCCUGUCGAGUCUCGUUGACACACACAUCGAUUAAUGGAAAUGGAGCAGACGACGGGAGUGCAGCAAUUCAUUGAUCACCCAACGAAGCAACAUGAUCAGAUGCGCGCACUGAUGGAUCGGGAGAGAGUUUCCUACAGGACGGCCGAAAAUGUUGUUCCAGUCCGAAUGGAAGGGACUUUCUCGUCGUAAACAGCCAAGGACGCGCCCCUCAAAAAAAGUCGUCACGGCAGCUCGUGGAUAAAUAUUGUAACGACAAUGUUCCAACUUUAGGGAAUGGCAACUUUCUCCUUUUAUUCUUCUGCUACAAAGGAAAGAUUUUGGCAAAGGCGUGAAAAUGCAUUUCAACUGGAAAUGAGGGCACGUUUUUAUUGAGCCGAGAUAUGAAUUUCGUUGCGAGGCGGAUGCCGCGUAGCAAGUUUUGAAAACGACUACCGUCGGCGGAUGGGCGUGGAAUGUUUCGUUACAGACGUCCAGUACAUGUCACUCGAGGUGUACCCGCAGACUGAUUUAUUUUUCUGACCCGGAAAGUGGGAGUCGCCGACCUGAUUGGAGCCCUCUACCGUCAAAGGUGUGUGACACCUGACUAGCGGAAUCUAAUUUUUCGUUUUUGGAAUUGUCAGACGUCGAGAGCUGAAAGAAGCUCCAGAUCUACAAUGUAAGAGUCUUACAUUCGAAUCCACAUUGUAAAUAGGUUGAAAGGAGCGAACCUGGAAAAUCAGAGCAAAAAUGUUGGCCUCGUAGCUGCGGAAUACCAACUGCCACUCUACAUGUCGUAGAGUUCGUGUGAUUAUACGUUGCGACUUGGUCGUGAUUAUGCGCUGGAAGCCCAACGGCUCGUCCUAUGGACGGAGCGAAUUCCUUGUGACCGCAGGCCAUUGUCUUACACGACUCGGAAUGGAGAAGACGCGUGCCGAUGCUGAAAACAUUAAACUCGUCGAAGCAACUGAAGCCACAGCUAUCGAAACGAGCCCUGCACAAAAAUUGUUUAGCGGGUCACACCCCAUACCAAGACGGACACCCUGGUUAAUAUCAGCUGCCAUUGAAUUUGCCAUGACCUUUCCGGUUUCUACUUUUCUGCAGCAGCAUUGGACAGAGGAUUGGCAUUCACAGGAGUUGGAAAAAGACGGCGAAUCGGCAGCGGAAACUCCACUGAUCAAGAUGUCGAAAGUGGCCUGGCCAUGUGCAGACACGAGUAACGAAAGCAACGAUUUGGAAACGAUAUUGGGUCCAAUUUUCACGCUUCUCCGUUGCUUCGGCAUUAAUUUCCACGAACCGUCGACAAAGUGCCGUUUUCUUUACGAGACGGCUAAAAUCGGAUGGGCGAUGCUGACUCUCGGCACGUGUGGAUUUCGUUUGAUGAUCUACUUCCCUUACAUCUUUACCAGUUCGUUUGUCGACGUGGGAUCUGGCAAGACUGUCACGCACCACUGGAUCGAAUUCCUUAAUUAUUGGAUCUACGUUUUAGCCGUUUACAUCGGCACUGUUUGCAUGGCCAGAUGGCCAGCCGCUAAAUUGUGGGCAACUAUGGAACAAGUGCUGUUGCAAAUCCCGUUCGCUCGGGAGGACGUUGCUCGUUGCCGUGCAACUUCUAUCCUAUGCAUCUGUGGAUGUCUCGUAGCAUUGCUACUGAAUUUGAUAUUUUUGCUGACUGUCGAAAUGUCACUGGAAUUUUCCUGGAAGAGGAUAGCAAUGACGUUUCUCUCUGUCGUUUAUUUUUACUCGUUUGGAUCGUCUGUCCUUUUCAUCUGCUCUGGCCGAAUUAUUUGGACCGCUUUUGAAACAGUUGCUCGCCAAUUGGAGUUGAAUUGCUGCCCGCCAUCAACUCACGCAGACGUCGUUUGGACAUAUCAACGGCAAUUCGGUGUUGCAUGCCGGGCAGCAGAGAAGCUGUGCAACACUUUCGGCUUUGUGCUUUUCGCCACUGUUUCGUACACUUUCAUCGGCUUCGUCAACGCGUCCUACAACUUGCUGAAAUCAUACCAAUAUUCGCCGUUAACAGCAAAUGAUGGAGAAGAUCAUUUUUACAUCAUUCCCAGGAUGAUUCGAUUGGCGUACGUAAUAGUUGAGCAUCUCUUCCGCUUGUGGCUGAUGUGUCACACGGCGGAUCUCAUCCGCGCCAAAGCCCUUUCUCUCGUCCCCGUCCUGCAGAGCAUCCGCAAUGACCUCUACUCGCGCCAAGGUUGCAACGAUGAAAGCCACGAGGUCCAUACUUUCCUGCUGGAAGUGUCUGAAACGUCACCCACUUUCGGAGUGUUGGGAAUGUUUACGCUCACCAAGCACAUCAUCAUUUCCCUAAUUGGUUCCACUCUAACUUACCUGGUGGUCUUGUGCCAAUUCAGCACAGCAGCAGACGUCAAUACGUCUGCACCCACCAAUAAUUCCAACCACUCGUCGUGAAAAUGUCAAUUACAGGGAUCGAGGCGAUAGAUGAAGAAUCAAGGACGUCCUGACCCGUUUUCGGGAUUCGUUCGUCUGCGACACUUGAAAAUGAUUACAGACUGGGAAUAUUCAACAACUUUCAAGUUGAAUACAAAUUGACGUGUCA